CAACUUUUAGCUCAUUGGUGUCAUAUAGAAAGGAGUGUAAUGCUGGUACAUUUUUCUAAUGUUCAUUUGUAAAUGACAGAAGUAUUUUUUGUUAAUACCUUGUAACCAGGACUCCCCAUUAACCUGUCAGGAAAACUAGCCUUCCCCUUUCACCUUUUGUACUUUUACUACUGUAAAAUCUAGGUGGUUCUUGUUUCCCUCUGGGGCCUGUUUCACCCUUUGACCCUGGCAUCCCACGAAGCCCGGGAACCCCAGGAAGUCUGUGGUCACCCAUGUUUUAGAUGUAUCUGUAUUAGGUUUGGGUCCUCUGAGCUAUAUGUCUAUCUGGUAAAAGGUAUGCUGGACUGAUGGUUAUGCCCAAAAAUCUGGGUGAAAAAAGAGGGGGGGAUCUGUGGAAAGUCACUUCAUGGGGCAAUCUGAUCCUGAAUUCCUAACUGGGCAGGUCAUGCCCAGCGGUCUCCCUGGUGCAUAACUUCUUUAGCAAAAGGCUUAUCUUGGCCUUAAGCAAGCCCGGUCUCUUGUUUCUCGGUAUCCUGUUAACACCUGUGCUGUGUCUUUAAGAAGAUCCUGUGUCUGUCCUUCCUGCCACUGACGUCAGGAUAGGGGAGGGCUGAGGAGGAGAUGUGCUUUCCUUUUCUCUGAAAUGGGAGGAGAUUGAAACCGAGUGGCCUGGCCGCGAUGGAAACAGAGCAGUCUGGGACAGGAAGACCCUGAGUAAAGGUGGAGGCUGACAUGGGAAGGUCUGGGAGGAGCCUGUGGCCGAGGGAGGGGCAAACGAGGGCUCAUCUCUCUGGCAACACUGACAUCCUGUCUUGCAAAUGGGCUUGGGCAUUUUCGUCUGCAGUGUGGAGGGUCUGCCCUGCGUCUGUCCCUAGGCUGUGGCACAGGGCCCUGCAGAGGUUCGGGGCCACUGUUGCCGUCGGUGUGACCAUCUUCGUGCUCUUCAUUGUCACCAUCAUCGCCUGCUUCACCUGUUCCUGCUGCUGUUUGUACAAGAUGUGCUGCCGGCCUCGCCCGGUCGUGACCACCACCACGUCCACCACCGUGGUGCACGCCCCCUACCCUCAGCCUCCCAGUGUGCCGCCCACCUACCCGGGGCCGUCGUACCAGGGCUACCACCCCAUCGCCCCCCAGCCGGGGAUGGCGCCAGCACCCUACCCGACGCAGUACCCGCCGCCCUACCCGGCCCAGCCCACGGGCCCACCAGCCUACCAUGAGACACUGGCUGGAGGCGCAGCCACACCCUACCCCCCCAGCCAGCCUCCUUACAACCCUGCGUACAUGGACCCCCCAAAGGCCGCCUACUGAGCACACACCCGCGUCUCCGGUUGCCACUUGACUCGUCGUGUGUGCGUGUGUGUGCAUGAGAACGGCUCUGAAGGCCCAGACCUUUUCUCACCGUGCAGAUGUGUGUGUGGCGUGUUUGUGUACCCGUGAUGCCGACAAGGUGGGGACGACCCUGCCAGAGUUGCUGGGACCGUACUUUCGUUUUCUUCCUCACUUCAAAUGAAGCCUCCUUGAAAUCUCAAACAAAAUUCAAAGAAUGGGGUGGGAGUUCAUUGCCAGGCCACCCCAGGGAGACCAGGCGGGACUGGCCCUGCCAGGGCGGCACAGUUCUCGGAGGAUAGACGCACCAGUGCCCUGGCUUCAGCGGAACAGCCGGCGUCGGCUUGUCCCCAGGGUGUGUGUCCCUUUGAAGAACCAGAGCUCGGAUGCAGGGAAGCGGGCGAGGCCCUGGACUCAGCUGAGCUGGGUUUCGACCCCCUGAGCCUGUGUUGUGUGCACCCAGUGGGAGGCGGGCAGCCUUUGGAUGUCAAGAUGCCCCACCCACCCGCCAGCCGUGUGCCUGGACUAUUCCUGCAGCCUCCCUGGGACCACCUGGAGGGUCACAUCAGGUGGCUCUGCACCCCCCCCAGCAGGUGGCAGGGUGGCCUCUGUCCACCUACACACUCAGGUGUCCUCCCUGCAGUGUUUUUGUUUUACUUUCAGCCAAACAUGUUGCCUGUUUUCUCUUUUAAAGUGUGUGAGGUCGUUGCUCUGAGGCCGAAGCCCGGGGUCCUGGAGGGAGGUCGGCGCACAGGGAGGGGCCGCCCGACCCUGACAGUCCCUGCCUCCCUCACGCCAGCCUUGGCGCAGCCAGCUCUGUGCUCCUGUGUGUUGUGUCCUCACCCGACUCAGAGGUGGCGGGGGCCCCAGUGGCUGCUGGCCCAGACUCGAAUACAUCGGUGCUCCUCCGUCCCCGUUGCUGUCUCGGCUCUGUGCCCCUUGGUGUGUGUCUGAGUCCCGGGUCUGUGCCUCUGUUUACAAUAAACUCGGACUUGGAGCCACA